AGAUCCUUUGCGCUUGCUGUUGCGUUCUUGUUUAUUUGUGUUGCAAAUUAAGUUUAUAUUUCGAUAUAAACUUAUUUCUUACGUUAGUAAUAACGUUGAGUUGAACAUCCCGUUCCUCCGUUUUAGUGUUUACAGUGAGAAAGAGACUCAAAAACAAGUGCUGUGCAUUGUGCUAAAGAGACAGAGACUCAAUUUUAUCUUUCAUCAUGAAAGAAAACGAAAGGAAAUGUUACAAGUGUGGAUGUUCUCCUGCUCAUGAUCGUAACAUCACCUUGCAUCGUUUUCCUAAGCCUGGGAGAACAAAUAGCGUACGAUGUGAAUUAUGGGCGAAGUACUGUUUUCCUCAUGAAUCUUGGUGGUCACCAGAAUUUCAAAACAAUCUUCAUUCUAGGCAUUUAAUGUUGUGCACUAAACAUUUUAAGAAAUCAUCAUUCAUUGAUAAUUUUGGAAAGAGGCUAGUCAAAUCUGCAGUACCUGAUGAGGAAUGUGAUAAGAUCACAUUAGCUGACCUUAAUUUGGAACAAAGGAAUGUCAUUCAACAUAUUGCAGGUCCAUCAACUAAUAAACAACCACUGUCUGAAAAUAUUCAGAAGACUAUAACUGUUUCAAAUGUAUUUGAGCCUGUUGCAGGUCCCUCAAAAUUUAUACAACCCUUGUGUGAGAAUGUAAAUUAUAAAACCAUUCCUGACAUAACUAAUGAUAUUCCUCAAGUAACUGAGAAUAUCAACCCUGUUGCUGCUGCAAAUCCAUCCACGAAAAACAAAAAGGAUAAAGAUAUGUUGAUAAAAAUGAAAUAUCAUCUGAGAAAAAUUAACAGGCUUCAAAAAACUGUAAAGCAUCUAAAGAAUGAAGCAUUUCUCAAAGUAUUGAGCAAAAAUGAUUCCGUAAAUAAAAUAUUAAAAUGUAAAAUAUCCCCCUCUUUUGCAUUAUUUUUGCAAGAAGAAUGGCAAAACUAUAAAAAAAAAUCAUAAGGUCGAAGAUGGAACAUGGACUCCAAAAUAAUAGCACUAAGACUGUAUAAAAGGUCACCUAGGUGUUACAAAUUAUUAAGAAGGAUGAUUUGCCUGCCAACACCUAGUUCAUUAAAAGCGUUAUUAAGCAAGUUUCACAUGAAAGUUGGUAUUAAUGACCAAAUUUUUAAUGUUUUGAAAAAAACAAUAAAGCAACAGACUCCCUCAGACAAUGAGUAUAUCCUUAUGUUUGAUGAGAUGUCAAUAAAAAAGUAUUUGUUUAACAGUGGUAGAGCCACGCGCAGCUUUCGCUGUCGCACGGAUGGGCCGGCUCGAUCCGGGGUGGUACCACGACCUCACAGAAUACCAGCGUGAAGUAGAGGUUUACCUCUGCGUUUCGCUUGGUGAGUGCAGGUGGCCGGAGGCCCUUUUUACUGGAAAUGAGGCAUUCCAUCUUAGUCCUCACGGGUGACAACGCAUCUGCAUUUUGAUUCGCAAGCGAGGAUAGAUGUAGAUGUCUAUGGGCCGCAGCAACCACUUACCAUCAGGUGGACUGUGUGCUCGUUUGUCACCCUUAUCUUAUAAAAAAAAAACAACAAAAAGGAGGACAUAAUUGAGGGUUAUCAAGACCAUGCACUGCAGGGCAGGUCACCACAAAUGGCAACACAUGCUCUCGUGUUCAUGAUUGGCGGAAUCCGUAAAAAGCUGAAACAACCAAUUGCUUAUUAUUAUUCUAAGGAGGUGAGCAUUAUGGUCUUUUAUUUGUUCAAGACUUGUUUAAGACUAUAACUUUUACUUGUUUAAGACUAUAACUGUUUCAAAUGUAUUUGAGCCUGUUGCAGGUCCCUCAAAAUUUAUACAACCCUUGUGUGAGAAUGUAAAUUAUAAAACCAUUCCUGACAUAACUAGUGAUAUUCCUCAAGUAACUGAGAAUAUCAACCCUGUUGCUGCUGCAAAUCCAUCCACGAAAAACAAAAAGGAUAAAGAUAUGUUGAUAAAAAUGAAAUAUCAUCUGAGAAAAAUUAACAGGCUUCAAAAAACUGUAAAGCAUCUAAAGAAUGAAGCAUUUCUCAAAGUAUUGAGCAAAAAUGAUUCCGUAAAUAAAAUAUUAAAAUGUAAAAUAUCCCCCUCUUUUGCAUUAUUUUUGCAAGAAGAAUGGCAAAACUAUAAAAAAAAAUCAUAAGGUCGAAGAUGGAACAUGGACUCCAAAAUAAUAGCACUAAGACUGUAUAAAAGGUCACCUAGGUGUUACAAAUUAUUAAGAAGGAUGAUUUGCCUGCCAACACCUAGUUCAUUAAAAGCGUUAUUAAGCAAGUUUCACAUGAAAGUUGGUAUUAAUGACCAAAUUUUUAAUGUUUUG